GGGAGGCUCCUCGCGGGCGGGGCUGGGGACCCGGACCGAGCUCCGAAGGCGCAGCUGGAGCAGUGACAGGAGGCGCAGGAGCAGAGCUGGGGACCGUGAACAUAGGGAGGGCUGCCCCCUGUCCCACCAGCCCUAAGGAACCAGCCUGCAGUACAGGGGCUACAAGGGCGACUAGGUUGCGGCGUCGGCAGGUUCCAGACGAUUCGAGGUGAGGGGCCAGGUGGAGUAGCCUGGAGUCGGAGAAAGCUGUUGUGACUCGGCCAUCGACGGUCUACGGUCCCGCAAGAGGCGGCCUGAGGGGGACAGGAUGAUCGAGGUUGUUUGCAACGACCGUCUGGGGAAGAAGGUCCGCGUAAAGUGCAACACCGAUGACACCAUCGGGGACCUUAAGAAGCUGAUCGCAGCCCAAACGGGUACCCGUUGGAACAAGAUCGUGUUAAAGAAGUGGUACACGAUUUUUAAGGACCAUGUUUCUCUGGGGGACUAUGAAAUCCACGAUGGGAUGAACCUGGAGCUUUAUUACCAAUAAAGCAGAAUUCCUUCCCCACACUCUGCUCUCCCUACUUCUCCCCUCUUCUCCCCCACUCAGCCCCCACACUGGUAUGGAUGCUUGUUUUUAAAAAGUCAUGUUAAUAAAAACUUAGAAGCAGCUUCAUUGUUGUCAUCU